CCUUUUCUCAGGAUCCCCCACACUCACUCCACAACCCAUCACUGCUUCCCCUGCAAGUUCCUUCUCCUCGAAGCUUUCACUGAAGAACUCUUCGUCUCAUGCGAUGCGACGAAGAAAUGAAAGCCAAAGGGAAGGGGAGAGAGAGAGAGAGUAGCAUGCGAGUUCUUCAGUGAAAGUCCUUCGAGGAGAAAAGUUUUUUGAUCUGUGAUAAAAGUUAAUACAUUCUGACGUGCUUCGAUGGAUAAUGUAGAUGCCGAGAAAGAGGCAUAUGAUGAUGAGCACCCAGCUUACUUCCCAGUUGAAUUGGUUAAUACGCUCUCGGAGUCCAACGUAUACCAUUUCUAUGUCAUUCAAUUAUUGCAACACUUUAGUUACGAUGUAAGAGUUCAGGGUCUGGUACUUGCUAUGAGGAGUGAACUAGAGCCUGGUAUUUGUUUCGAGUUACAAGCAGAUAGGGGGAUGCUGACUGCAAACUUCAUAUAUGCUGGGUCCUGGAGUCUCAAGGAGGAGCAGGUGAAUUGUUGCAGGAAGUUUCAGAGCACUCUUCUAAGCGUGCUCGUGGAACAUAAUGUCACUAAAUUGGUGGAAGUUUUAAAUAGUUUCAACUCUGGGAAUUCACCUGGUAUCGAUUAUUUAAUCCUUCCAUUAAAGAGUGGAUACCCAAAUGAAGGCACCGUAGAUUGGGAACCUGUCGCCUCUGUACUGUUUCCAUCUGCAGAAGUUUCGAAUAGUCCCACUUCAGGCUCGAACGUAUCGAAUGAACACAUCAAAGGCUGUUGCUUCCAUGGCCGUUCAAGUCUUGUAACCAAAGAUGGACCAGUCUGCUCUUGCUUGCUCCAGAAUUCUGUGGUCUACACCCCUCAUAAUGGCCGUAUAUACUGCAUCUCUGGUUUCUUGAACAGUCUAAAUGCAAAUUCAAAAUUGAAUAUGAGGGAUGGAAGUAGUGUAACAUAUAAGCAGUACUAUAAAGAGCGGUAUGGCAUCAAUUGGCGUUGUGAAGAACAGUCAUUACUUAAGGGGAGACACAUUUUUCAAGCGCAGAAUUGUCUCUUCUGGGACCGACAUAGAAAACAGAAAGAAGAGCCAAGCAAAGCGAUGGUUGAGCUGCCUCCAGAACUCUGUCACUUGAUAAUCGCUCCAAUAUCAAUCGACACAGUGUACUCCUAUUCAUUUGCUCCAUCGAUUAUCCACCGCCUCGAGUCAUUGCUUAUGGCUGCAAAUUUGAAAAGGAUGCAUUUGGAUCAUUGUGUACAAAAUGCGGUUAUCCCAACUAUCAAGGUGCUGGAAGCUCUUACAACUAAACGGUGCCAUCAAGAAUUUCAUCUGGAAUCUCUGGAAACUCUUGGUGACUCUUUCCUUAAAUAUGCGGUCGGUCAACAGCUAUUUAAGUCUUAUGAAAAUCAUCACGAAGGCAUGCUGAGUAUCGAGAGGGAAAGAAUAACUUCUAAUGCCACACUCUGCAAAUUAGGCUGCGAAUGCAAUCUUCCGGGAUUUAUUCGCGACGAACAAUUUAAUCCAAAGAAUUGGAUUAUUCCUGGAUACAAAUCUCAGUCUCUCUUAAACGAGGAGUUUGUUUCCGGAAGGAAGAUGUAUGUGGUGGGGAAAAGGAAGAUUAAAAUGAAGAGAGUGGCGGACGUGGUAGAGGCGUUGAUUGGAGCAUAUGUUAGCACUGGGGGAGAAACAGCAGGUGUAAUGUUUUUGGAUUGGCUCGGUAUAAAGGUGGACUUUAGGGUCUCACCAUAUGAAAGGGGAAUCCACUUAAACUCUGAGAAGUUUGUUAACAUAAAGCAAUUGGAGGCCCUUUUAGGGUACUCAUUUAAUGAUCCUUCUCUGUUGGUAGAAGCACUGACGCAUGGUUCUUUCAUGCUUCCAGAAAUUCCGAGGUGUUAUCAGCGCUUGGAAUAUCUCGGUGACUCAGUUCUGGAUUAUGUAAUCACGGUCCAUCUUUACAGUACAUACCCAAGGUUGUCGCCGGGGGUAAUAACUGAUAUGAGGUCUGCCUCCGUGAACAAUGAUUGUUAUGCUCUUGCCGCUGUUAAGGUGGGAUUGCACAAGCACCUUCUCCAUGACUCGAACGCGCUGCAACGUGAUAUAGCCAACACCCUCAGGAACUCUGACAAGUUCGCACCGGCAUUUACGUAUGGCUGGGAGUCUGAAACAUCUUUCCCGAAGGUGCUAGGGGAUAUUAUCGAGUCUCUUGCUGGUGCAGUCCUGGUGGAUUCGGGCUACAAUAAACAGAAGGUGUUUGACAGUAUUAGGCCUCUCCUGGAGCCACUGGUCACUCCCGAGACGCUGCAGCUCCAUCCAGUGAGGGAGCUGCACGAGGCGUGCCAGAAGGAGAACUACACACUGAAGAAACCCACGGUGUCUCGGGACAACAACAGGAUAUCUGUAACGGUUGAGGUCAAGGCAGGUGGAAAAAUAUACAGGCACACUUCAUGCGCUGACAAGAAGGAGACAGCCAAAAGAGUUGCCUCAAGAGCAGUCCUCAAGUCUCUUAAACAAGCAUCUAGGUGACGAUAUGAGGAAGACACGAAAUCUGUUCUUGUCAAUCGUGAGACUCCUUAAACUGGGAAGCGGUUUUAAGCGGUCCAUUUUUGUCAUUUCGUAUGUAGUCAGAUGGGCGAUCUUUUUUAUAUAAUGCUACGCAUGGUGGUAUAAAAAUGUCAGUUUUUGGCUAGUAUUAUCGAAUCGGAUUUUAAGUUCUUGCAA